AUGGAGGGUUUGAGUGAAGAUCUGUUGGUUGAAAUCCUGGCGAGAGUGCCCGUAAAACCUUUGCUCCGUCUUAGGGCCGUUUGCAAAUCAUGGAAGUCGACGAUAGGCAGCCCCGAAUUGAGGUCCUUGCACCUCUCCACAAACCGCGACUCCUCCAAAAUCUUGCUCACCACAAAAUACCCAAUGCACGUCGCGGGUCCUUGUGAUCCCGUAGAGUGGUACUUGUUGCUUGACAACGAUCAGCAUCGCCCUGCCGACCAUUCCUGGUUGGCGCCUCUCCAUUUCCCGUUCGCAUACCCACACUUGACCUCUCCCCACAUAGUGGGCUCCAUCAGUGGCUUGAUAUGCGUAUCGUUAUCCCUAACGUCUGUGGUUGAGGUGCAAGCCAACAUACCCAUCAUUCUAUGGAACCCUACCAUCCGGAGGCACGUCUGCCUACCCGACCUCACUUUGACCAAACCAAAUUACUCGUCCAUCGUGUUUGGAUACGACCCCACCACAGACGACUACAAAAUCGUGGUCCUUACACUCGGCAAAGCCCCAGAGUUCAACGUCUACUCCUUGAACUCAAACACGUGGCGCAGAGGUUUCCAUGUGUGCCUCGACCGCCAAAUAAAGCUUACUAGCACGGGGGCUUUCGCGGGAGGCAAGAUGCACUGGCUCGUCGAGUUCAAAGAUUUUCAGAAGAACACCUGCCUUUACUCGUUCGACGUGGCGGAAGAGGUUUUUGCAGAGGUGGCCUUACCGCCACAGGAUCCAGCUGUCACGUGUGUUUUGCCUCAGAUGGGCGCCGGCGGCUGGAAGAAAUUGUACAGAGUGGAGGACCCAAUGGGCAUGCUGAAUGUGUUUGUGUGUGUUUUGAAGAAUGGGGAGUUGGUAAUGGACAAGUACUAUUAUCAUGGCAAUUCUUAUGGCUUAGCUGCACAUGACCCUAAGGCUGGGCAGUUUAAGUUCUUGGAGGACUUGUCUUUCUCUCGGCAACGAGACUUUGGGGGUGUGGCCUCUCUCAGUGAUCACCAAGAGAGUCUCGUCCUCAUCGACUGCACGCCGAUUGGUGACCCACAAGCUAGUUGUACUUGGUCUUGCCAAGUUCAAAUCAAAAGGAAGACACCCUCGGUUCCCGACAAAUUACUAGCAAGUGCGGAUUAG